AAUUUUGGAGUGGAGUACAACCCAAUGAAACCCGAGACAUUACUCCAUUGUCCUAUAUGCGAUCUCCUACUGCCAUCUGUCCACUUGUCUUGGCCUUUCAAUUCAACAACAUCCCACAUCCCAAAAUUAGACUCGAAACGACAGUCGCUUCAAUUCAAACCCUCAAUCUCAGUUGCCUCGGUCCGAGCUCCGAAUAGAGUGGUAAAUUUGCCGAAAGACCAUGGGCAAAAGGGUCAAAUGGAGCUGGACCUCAGCAAUCAUCGGAGCGGCGUCGGCUUUAGCGACGACAGCGCUGUUCUCGUCGAAGCCCAAGGACCCAACCUUCCACCUCAUCUCCAUCAAUCUCACAUCCUUCAAGCUCAACCUCCCAGUUCUGGACACCGACCUCAUCCUCAACGUCCACGUCACCAACCCCAACAUCACAGCCGUCCACUACUCCUCCACCUCCAUGUCCAUCUUCUACAACGGCUCGCUUCUCGGCUCGGCCGAAGUUCAAGCCGGCUCUCAGCCGCCCAAGUCAUGCCAGCUGCUCCGCUUGCCUGCGCGGCUCGACGGGCUCCAGCUGGCCCACCACGCCGCUACCUUUGUUGCUGACGUGGCGAAGCGGGAGAUGGUGCUGGACGCGGCUGUAGAUAUUGCUGGGGCGGCGAGGAUUUUGUGGUGGGAUCACAAGUUUAAGGUUCACGUGGAUAGUCGCGUGACCGUUGAUCCAGUUUUUCUUGACGUCAUUGAUCAGGAAAAUAAGUUGGAGAUGGAGAUUUUUCUUGCCUGAGUUGAGAAAUUAGCAGUGUUUUUAAUUGUUUUUUUUAAAGGUGUUUUGGCUUCUUGCUGGCUUUGUUGUGUGCUGUAGUUGGUUCCCAAUUUGGAAUCCAAACUAUUAUUUGUGUCACUUUAGCAUUUCAUUUAAAUGUUAGCGUGUAAUAAGUCCGGAUUCGAAAGCAAUACAAGUCCAAGAGCUUAUUAAGGUCA